GCCACACUUCCUGCUUGUUCUCAGCGCAUGCACAGCAGCUCCCUUACUACUGCUGGAGUCCCAGCUCAGAAAAAAAGGCACAGAGACGAUGAACCGUUUCUAACUGCAAAGAAGAAAGGAAGAACAAUAGAGGGGGUGCAAAAAAAGAGGGUCUGAUUGACUCCCAAGGGGCGCUGUGCUCUCAGAGCUUUUUCUGGUGAGGCAGGAAAGCUCCAGCUUCCUGUGUGUCCAAUGCCGAACAAACACCGUAUGCUCAACAGUUAAAUGAGCCUCAGAUCUGUGUGACAGGAAAGUGCAAAUACCGAUGUGAAGGAAUCUUGCUUAUUCUUCAUCAGAGGAGGCAUGCAAAUUGGAAAGGGAGAGGCAGUGUGAGGCAAUUAAGACUCUAACCUCUUUCCCUUGUCCACUGUUUUACUUGAAAAAAUACCAAAUGUGAUGUCUUUUUGAAACCCUGAUGUGGGAGAAUGUAAGCUGCUUCUGUGGAAUAGCUGCAGAAUUCAGACAGCGUAUGCAGAACAGGAACCAGCACGUACCUUCUUCAUACUGGACUUUUAUUGAGAUUUGACUACUGGAAGAAGUCCAUCUUUUAACAGAGACUAAUGGUUUAGUUUCUUCUAGGAUUGUCUGAGCUCUGUAUUCCUGAUGUUUCUCCUCUUCAGAUACUGUAAGCUAGCUGCUCAAUAUGAUGGAGUCCAGAAACCAGAGGAUUCUGAACCUUGAUGUACCAUCAGUCAUUUAAAUCAUUAUGUAAAUCAGUGACCUGUUAAACUGGAAAAAACUACUCUUAAUCCAGCUGGGGCUGACCCCUAAGGAUGCUUCAGGCCAGAGUGAAGUUAAUUGUAACCGGAGAUGACUUUGGCUACUGCCCAAAGAGGAACCAAGGAAUCGUGGAGUGUUUCCUGGCCGGAGCAGUUUCCAAUGUUUCCCUUCUGGUCAAUGGCAGCGCUGCGCCAGAUGCAGCACAACUGGCGAGAAGGCAUAACAUUCCAAUAGGUCUGCACGCCAACCUGUCCGAGGGCUCUCCUGUCAGCAAGGCACUCGAGAAGAACUCCUCCCUGCUCAACAAAGACGGAUUCUUCCACGGAAAGAUGGGAUUCAGGACAGUUCUAGCAAAAGGUCUCCUGAAAAUGUCAGAGGUGAAACAGGAGCUAACGGCACAAGUUGACCUCUUUCGUGAAUUGACAGGUCAUGUCCCUCAUCACAUGGACGGACACCAGCAUGUUCAUGUUCUCCCAGAGGUUAGACGUGUGUUUGCCCAGGUGUUAGAAGAGUAUGGGAUCCAGUAUACACGUGUGCCAGUAGAGCCAGGCCUUCACAGCUGUGCGUGGAUAGAGCCACCUCUAAUGGACUUUUAUCUGGGAGUGGAAAAAGAUUCCCUUGACACAGUAGAUGUGUUUACAAGACAUGGAAUAAGGUGGGCUGACAUUUAUAUCGGUUUGAGCACCAUGGGCAAAAGCAUGUCUGUCAGCAACAUUCAGAGCGCCAUUGAUACUGCCGUGGCGGCUUCUGCCACCAAGGAAAACUCUCUGAUGACUCAAUUUUCACCUCAACAUCAGCAAAGCAGAACAGUCACAAUUGAACUGAUGGUACAUCCAGGGUACCCCACUAUUCCACCUGUUGGCGGCUGUGGAGACGGACCGGAUGAUUUUUCACAGUCAUGGGAACGCUUGCAUGAACUCCAAACAUUAAUGAAUCCAGAGUUGCAAAGCUAUUACAAAACAAGGAACAUUCAACUUUGUGCAUUUAAAGAUCUUUAAGCAAGAGAAGCUAAAUAUAGCUUGUGGCGGAGGGGUGGGGGAUCUGUCGCUGAUCGUAUACCUCUCGUUAACGCAGAAGGGAACUGUGAAUGGACUGGCAGCAGCCUAUAUUGGCAGUAAUUUGAAAUACCUGGUUUCAGAGUAACAGCCGUGUUAGUCUGUAUUCGCAAAAAGAAAAGGAGUACUUGUGGCACCUUAGAGACUAACCAAUUUAUUUGAGCAUGAGCUUUCGUGAGCUACAGCUCACUUCAUCGGAUGCAUACCUGGACUCUCCAUAGCACGUAGCAGCAAUAUCCCAGCCUGUAUCUCUCUCAUUGUCAUCAGAGUUGUAAAACACCCCAGCUGAUUGGAAAGUGAUGGAUUUCCUGUGUGUAACAUAUUCACGCUCCACCCCAAAAUUUAACUUGAAAGCCAAGGCCCAACUGACAGACUAACAAUUAAUCAGUUCCUGCAGAUGCUGCAAUAGCAGAUCCACACAUGGCUGACAAUCACGUAUCAACUUUUGGAAGAUUUUGUGUGUGUGAGGUGGCAGCGAUUAGUUGCAAAAAGAUACAUAGCCCAGACUCAGCUGGCCCGGGGAGGCUGAUUUUUUGUCAGCCUAGUAGCCUUGAGCAUUCCCCUUUUUAAAGUAGUUAAAUAGUCAGAAAUUACUGUAUUUUUCUUUCAUUUUUUUACUGUUGCAGCUUUACUCAUGCCUACGGAAAAGGAAUGGUCACUGCAGGCCUUUUUUUUUUUUUUCACUAAAAGUAAUCAACUCAUGCUAUUAGCCUUCUGAUGCCUUCAAUCAUACUCCACACAAGUAGCUGGAUGCAGAGUUACUGUUCUAUUUAAGUAGGCUCUAGGCAUUACGCAGUCGAAAGAAAGUCAUUUUAAUGACAGCACUUCCAGACAGGCUUUUUAGAUGACUUUACAAGAACAGCAACCAUUGACCCAUUAGAUAGUUCAUGAAGAACGUUACCUGUAAAAAUCCUACCAUCGCCUGUCAAUACAGCAUACUCUUCCCUUUCAUGAGCUAGUUCCUGUGAUGGCCACUUACUGUAAACAUGAAGAUAGUCUAAGGUCUAGAGGGAGCAAUGACAAUGAGAAGGGCAAAACAAAACUCUGAUUAUCAUCAGUGCUUUCUAAUUUCUCCAGUUCCUGGCACCAUUUGCUACAGUUCUACUCCAGGUCAGUUUUCAUUCAUCUAGUACUUUCUGAAAAAUCCUCCUUGAGGUAUGUUUCAGAGUAGCAGCCGUGUUAGUCUGUAUUCGCAAAAAGAAAAAAGAGGACUUGUGGCACCUUAGAGUCUAACCAAUUUAUUUGAGCAUAAGCUUUCGUGAGCUACAGCUCCGAUGAAGUGAGCUGUAGCUCACGAAAGCUUAUGCUCAAAUUAAUUGGUUAGUCUCUAAGGUGCCACAAGUACUGCUUUUCUCCUUGAGGUAUGAGAUUUUUCUAAGCUUAGUGUAUCCAAAGUGUAGUUUAAUGUCUCAGUGUUGUUCAGCCAUCUUGGAUUUAUAAAGAGAUGGAAAAAUGCACUUCAUCCCAGCCUGACCAGUAUUUUUCCCCUUUUAGACAACGCAAACCUCAUUUUAGCACAAUGCCUUUAUUUUUAUAAAGUCUUAACUGUUUGAAGCAUAAACUGUAGAAAAAUCAAAGUCUACAACUGCCCAGUCAUACCAGGGCUGUGUGCUCAGAGGGCAUGAUUUUUUCCGUGAUUAACAGGACCUCACUGGCCUCAGGUUCCUAACCAACUGGGAACUUUCUUUGUGUAAGGGGAAAAAACCCAAACAAAACUAACAUUAAUGCACUAUUAAGAUUGCUAUAUCAAGCACCUUUCAGGGCAAUUCCAUAAAUUUAGAUUAUGCCACAAUAUUAAUUCCAGAUUUACAAUCUGUAUUGUAAUAUGUACGUGGUGUACAAUGUGGGUGAGGCAAAAUUACAAAAGAAACCAAUUUCUGGAAGUGCUCGAUACGUCAAACAACUUUACAUUAAUACCAGUCUUUACAUUUAGUGGUAAAGUUUCCAGGUUACUGAUUGUGAUAAAGUAGAAUAAAAGAACAAGGAAUGGAAGAGUUGCACUCAGCCAUGAAAGAAUGAGAUUGUAAAAGUGCUGUUAGAAGUAUGAGUGCCACCUAGUGUUUGAUGAUAUGUUUUUCACAUGCAGUAAUAUGCCUGGAGGCACUGUGGAUUAUCUAAUACUGGAUCGCAGAUUUUUACACAACAUGACCUUGUUUUAUUACAUAAUUUUUAACCUUUGAUUUAUUCUCAUGAGUACUUACUAUGAAUUUUCUUUGAUCACACAAUCAUCAGAACAUCUUCUCUUUUCAUGUACUGUACUACUGUUUGUGCUCAUUUUCUACUUCCUUCACCCGCACUGAACACUGUGAAAUCAGCAUGAGUGGCCUUAACCGAUUCAGUUCUGUACUGUGAAUAUUAGAUAAUUUUGUAAAUGUCCAUAUUUUUAAAUAAAUAGGACAAAAACAGGAUUUCAACAGUCAAAUGAAUUGAAAGCACUUUCAAGUGGAAGUGUGAGUAAAGAACUCCUCAUUUUAAGUACAUGGACUUCUAGCUGAACUAUUUUUAUGUAGGUUUCAGAGUAACAGCCAUGUUAGUCUGUAUUCGUAAAAAGAAAAGGAGUACUUGUGGCACCUUAGAGACUAACCAGUUUAUUUGAGCAUGAGCUUUCAUGAGCUACAGCUCACUUCAUCGUAUGCAUCCGAUGAAGUGAGCUGUAGCUCACGAAAGCUCAUGCUCAAAUAAACUGGUUAGUCUCUAAGGUGCCACAAGUACUCCUUUUAUUUUUAUGUAAAUAGGGAAAUGAUAAAGUGCUCUGAGAAAGUCUUGAGAGAUAUGAAGAUCACAAGAAGAAUACUCAACAAACCAACGAUAAGCUUUCCCUGUAUACAGAUAUUUUCAAAAUUCAGUCUGUCUAAAAAUAAAUCAUGCCACAAAGCC